AUGCUGAGCCUCCAAGGAAAAUUUGUUCUUAUCACUGGUCUCGGCCAAACAAGCGACGAGAGAUGGGGAUUGGCGCCGCAAUCACACCGCUUUUCGCUCGUCAAGGAGCUUUCAUUUUGGAGAAAAUUGAUCUCUCAGGAGAACGAAGCUUGCAAUGUUAUCGAGACGGACGUUACCAGCUCUGAUUCUGUCAAGGCUCUCGUGGAUCAGUGCAUCCAAAAAUAUGAUCGCAUAGAUAUUUUGGUCAACAUUGUUGGCCUGUCAGAGCCUGGCUGCCCUACCACGAUGUCUGAAGCAGUUUGGUAUACCCAAGUCGAUAUCAAUUGA